UCAAGAGCCCAGUGGACAUUACAUCUAAAGAAGAAAAUUAAAAGCAAACCCACAAACCCCCAACAGUCCCCCCAACCUUUCCCUUUAUAAGGAGGCCAAUGCCUCAUGUAGAACUUCCCCCCUUCUUCUUCCUCCUCUUGCUCUCUCUCGUUUUCUUGAAGUUCUUCUUGUUGGCUUAGUUCUCGAGGCUUUGUGAUCUCCUGAAGGGAAAUUUUGUUGCCAAAAUGGGUUUGUUGUUGGGGGAUUCUAGCUGUUGUUUGAUAGUUACCCAUGUCCUGUACAAAGCAGCACUUGUAUUUGCAGUGAUGAGAUGGGUCUUGUCUUGGGCUCUCAGGCUCAGAGACAGAAUCACCACGCCCUCAUCUUCUUCUUCCUCCUCCUCCUCCUCUGUGGAAACAGAGCAUGCUCCAUCUGUUUCUUCCCAGAUGAUAAGAGACAACCUGGUGCUCACCACCUAUGGGGAUGCCAUGGAGAGGCUGCCGCAGAUCUGUGACACGUGUGCAGUAUGCCUGAGCCAGCUGAGGGAGGAUGACGAAGUGAGGGAGCUGAGGAAUUGUUGCCAUGUUUUCCACAGAGAAUGCAUUGACAGAUGGGUGGAUCAUGAUGGCCAUCAAGAUCAUGAUCAUGAUCAUGAUGAUAAUCACAAGUCUUGCCCACUCUGUAGAGCCCCCUUGUUGACCCCCUCCCAGAACUUGGACUGGAGUUUGAACGAACCCAGUUGGGCUGUGGAGAGACUACUCUAUCUUUUUGGGGAUGAUCUGCUUCUAUAGUUAUGUUGGCUUAGAGUAGAUGUGAUACUGUGCUCUGUGUAAGUUUGGUAGCUAUAGUCAAAUUUGAUCUUUAUUUUCCAAUCAGCAAUCACUCACUACUGAGGUUCAAUGUUUUGGUUCUUGUCAUUGUGGUUGAACCGGCUUGGCCUUUCUGGUGUACAUAAGCCAGAGUCACUUCUUUUCCCUUUUAGCAAAGUUUUGUGAUUCUUUUGCAA